CUGCCUACAACCAUUUACCAAAAUGAGGCAGCACUGAUGUCAUUUAGACAUGCCUUGCUUUGAUUCACCAAGGGAUCGUAACUAAAGAUGAAAAGUGCCACAAGAAGGCAGCAACGGCCUUCGCAUAAAAGAACGCCAUCAAGCAAUAGCUCGUUGCCUAGCAAUAGCGAUCGCAGCGCUGCUUCGGCGUUAGGACUCGAUGGCGGUCAAGUUGACAUGCCCGACUCGGCCUUGCUUCAAUUUGAUCGGGACGCAUUUUCCGUCUCCUGGAAAGAAUUGGUCUGGACCGCCUGCUUCAUUGGAGUUGUUGCGGUGCUGUCUGCGUUCGUUGGUGCAUCGGCUGGCAUUUCUAUUUCGAUUCACUUCAUGGAGACUGCGCAAACACCGUCGUUCUCAAGAAUCGCAGCUCGAGAACGAAGUAUGGGGCCCCAUCUGCGAGUCACUAUGGUGGACCCGAAGAUGUCUUUUAGCAAUAUUGCCUCACGGAAGAAUCCUCAUAGUGCCGAUGGGAUAGGGUUGGAACGGGUCGUAACGAAAAGCCCAACGGGGUGGCACAGCGUUCUAAUGGUUGUAGACGAGCAGUCAUUAAACGACACAGAGAUAAACGGACGAUGGAACAAAAAAGCUGCAAUGAAGUUAUCUCCCUACGAAUUGGACUGGAAGCCUCAGGUUAGACCAAAGAUGUGCUCUGACGGUCGAACAGCCGGGUUUGAUAGUUGGUCGACAUUGCGAGAUGCAGUUCAAGAAGCUAAUACAUACUCUGCUAGAAGAUUUUUGCACUGGACUGAAUAUUUUGCGUGGAUGGAUGACGACUUUGAUGGGGUGUUCGAGGAUGAUUCGCUGUAUUUUGAGCCUGAGAUACGUUUGGCAAUUUGCCCCAAGGCCAAGCUCACGCCCCCGAAAAAGCACUACUACUACGGGCCCCGAAACGAGCCUAUCUAUGUUAAUGCCGAGAACAUUGUUUUGGAAUGUGACGAUUGUACCAUGGACGCCGCUGGUGGGACUGGGCACUUUCUAUUCGGACCACAGGCCAAAAACGCGCUGAUACGUGGAGUAACAUUCAGGCGUGCAAAAGGAUCCAGUAUAUCGUUUUAUGGAGAUGGAGCGGAAGUUUCGUUUGAAGAUUGCUUGUGGGUUGGGCAGAAAGGGGCGGCAAGUGAUCGAGCCAGCAUUUCUGACGUGAAUUCGGUUGUAACCUUGAAUUUCCUACGAUGUGAAAUGGACGGGAUAAAUCUUAUUCCACUUUCGCUGAGUUAG